GAUAUCCAAAUGAGCAGAUGAGAUAGAUGCCAAAUGCCGCCUUAUUUGAGGUUGGAGUUAACCGACGGUGUAAUCUUUAAACUUGAAUUGCGAAUAUUAAUGAUUGUAUAAAUUUAUUUACGCACAUUUUCGUGUAGGAAAUUUAGGACGAAAUCUGGUUUCCGAAAUCUGAAGAUAAUUAUUAGUAUUAUUCUCUUGGAGUUACAAAUAUAUAGCAAAAUGAACGCGCGUUUUUUAUUAAGGUUAUGUUCCACCGUUAGAAACAUUAAUUUUGACAAACGCAGAUUUUACUGCAGCAGAAAUGUAUUGAAACUACAUCAGAGGGGCAUGUACGAAGAUAUAUUUCCCGAUACCAGUACAAAUGAAAUAGUAGAUUUACUGAACAAUUCACCGCAAUGUGUCUAUGCUGGCUUUGAUCCAACUGCAGACAGUUUACACGUCGGCAAUCUACUCGUCCUGAUGAAUCUCUUGCACUGGCAGAGAGCAGGGCAUCAAGUUAUAGCCCUAGUAGGAGGAGCUACGGGUUUAAUAGGUGAUCCCAGUCAUAGAAAGUCUGAACGCGUCGAAAUGGAAAGAUAUCUAAUUGAGGAGAAUAUCAAGUCUAUCACGAAGAACAUAGAAACUAUAUUUAAUAAUCACCAAGAAUACUUUUGGAAGAAUAAGGAAACAGCACUAAAACCUUUGAUUAUAGUAAACAAUUUGGACUGGUAUACAAAUGUAAACGUCAUUGAAUUCAUCAGAAGUAUUGGAAAGUAUUUUCGGAUGGGCACAAUGCUGGGCAGAACUUCUGUCCAGUCGCGAUUGAACUCCGACACAGGGAUGAGUUUCACUGAAUUCACAUAUCAAGUGUUCCAAGCGUAUGAUUGGCUGCAAUUGAUGAAAAAAUACAAGUGUCGCUUCCAAAUUGGUGGCAGUGAUCAAAUGGGUAAUAUCAUGUCUGGAUAUGAUCUGAUCACAAAAAGUAUGAGAAAGGAAGUUUAUGGUAUAACAUUGCCACUGAUAACGGCCGAGGGUGGAAAGAAAUUUGGAAAGUCCCUGUUGAACGCGGUGUGGCUGUCUUCGACAAAAUCCUCGCCAUUCCAGCUAUAUCAGUAUUUCAUCAGAGCCAAAGACUCAGAUGUCGAGAAAUUCUUAAAAUUAUUCACAUUUAUACCACUGAAUAAAAUUGAAGAAAUUGUGAAAAGUCACAUGAAUGAUCCAGAACGGAGAAGAGCACAGAAAUUAUUAGCAGAACAAGUUACACUUUUAGUACAUGGAGAAGAUGGAUUGCUGGCUGCAAAACGUGCCUCCGCAGCAUUGUACGAUAAAUCAAUUGAAUCUUUUGUAAGAUUAAAUGCAUUGGAACUAACAGAUGUAUUUGAAGGAGCAACCAUAGUAGAUAUUUUAUCUGAGCCAGGAAUUACUGUAUACGAGCUAGCAAAAAAGGCAAAUUGCUUUAAAAGUGAUCAUGAUGCUGAACGAAUCAUAACAGCAGGUGGAUUUUAUGUAAAUCAUCAAAAAAUUACUAAUUUAAAUGAGGUAAUUGUACCUGGCAUCCAUAUACUAAGUAAUAAUUUGUCAUUGCUUAGAGUUGGUAAAAAAACGUAUCACAUAGUCCGAUGGCAAUAAAAUCAUUAAAAAAUCAUGUACAAAUGUAUAAUAAACAGCAUAUUUUAGUAC